GGGCAGGUGAGCGGCGCCGGGUGAGGCGGGUCUGGUGGGAUCCUGUCCAUCGCGGGUGGGAUAAACAUCGGGUCGCGGUGCUGGGGGGGCCCGAGACUCUCAGCCAUGCGGGGAGGUGGCUGCCGGACCCACUUGUGGCGGCGUGCGUCCGGCUGGUCCUUCCCGGCCCAAGGGCUGCCAGCGCCUCAGGUGCCCAGGGAGGGGCUGGGAACCGCAGCUCAGCAAAGCCGCGACCCGGGUAGAACAUCCAGAAAUGGAUCCUGAAGCCCUCAAGAAAUACUCAGCGUUGCAUCCUAAGCCUCCUGGACUUACUCUUCAUUAUGGCACCGCCGGGUUUCGCACCAAGGCCGAACAGCUUGAUCACGUCAUGUUCCGCAUGGGCAUGCUGGCUGUUCUUAGGUCCAAAGCCGUGGCAUCUACUAUUGGCAUCAUGGUUACUGCAUCUCACAAUCCUGAAGAAGAUAAUGGUGUGAAGCUGGUUGAUCCCCUUGGAGAAAUGCUGCAUCCUUCCUGGGAAGAGUAUGCCACACAACUAGCAAAUGCAGAGGAGCAAGAGUUGCAGGAAACAGUUACUGACAUCUGCCAAAAAGCAGCAGUGAACCAGCACAAAGAUGCUUCCGUUUUUAUUGGCAGAGACACCAGGCCAAGCAGUGAGAAACUUUCGCGGUCAGUAAUAGACGGUAUCUCCGUUCUAGGUGGUCAGUACCACGAUUAUGGUCUGGUGACAACACCACAGCUACAUUAUAUGGUCUGCUGCCAAAACACCCAAGGGCAGUAUGGGAAAGCAACGCUGGAAGGUUAUUAUGAAAAACUAUCCAAAGCUUUUAUGGAACUGAUAAAAAAGUCUCCCGGCUCUGGAGAGAGUCAGAGGCACCUGAAGAUUGACUGUGCCAACGGAAUAGGAGCCCUGAAACUGUCAGAAAUGCAGCCCUACUUGCCAAAGGAAUUACUAAUUCACCUCUAUAAUGAUGGAACCAAGGAGAAACUCAAUUACUUAUGUGGUGCAGAUUUUGUGAAAGUUCACCAGAAACCACCUAGAGGGCUCGACAUGAAGCCCAAUGAGAGAUGCUGCUCAUUUGAUGGUGAUGCAGACAGAAUUGUUUACUACUACAAGGAUGAAACUGGCCGUUUUCACCUAAUUGAUGGAGAUAAAAUAGCAACUUUAAUUAGUAUCUUCCUUAAAGAACUUCUUGGCAAGGUGGGACAGACCUUAAAGAUGGCAGUGGUGCAAACAGCGUACGCCAAUGGGAGUUCCACACGCUACCUUGAGGAAACACUGAAGGUACCUGUGCACUGUGUCAAAACAGGAGUGAAGCACUUGCAUCAUAAGGCCCAGGAGUUUGAUGUUGGUGUUUAUUUUGAGGCAAAUGGACAUGGUACAGUAUUAUUUAGUAAAGCUGCUGAAACUAAAAUAAGACAACUGGCAAACGAGGAGAAAGAUGAUGAAAAAAGAGAAGCAGCGAAGGUGCUAGAAAACAUGAUCAACCUGAUUAAUCAGACAGUUGGUGAUGCUGUCUCAGACAUGUUGGUCAUUGAGGCAAUCCUGGCUCUGAAAGGCCUGACAGUGCAACAGUGGGAUGCCAUCUACACCGACCUUCCCAACCGGCUGCUCAAGGUUCAGGUUGCAGACAGGCGAGUUAUUGACACAACAGAUGCAGAGAGGAGGGCAGUUACACCUCCAGGACUACAGGAGGAAAUCGAUGCGCUUGUAAAGAAGUACAAAUUGUCACGGGCGUUUGUCCGUCCAUCAGGAACAGAAGAUGUAGUUAGAAUAUAUGCUGAAGCAGAUACACAGGAGAACACGGACGCCCUUGCCCAUGAAGUCAGCCUGGCUGUUUACCACCUCGCAGGUGGAAGAGGAGAACCCCCCCAGCCUCUAUAACAAGUGACACAACUGCAGUUAAAGUUUGUAACUUGACUUAUUUUUUUUAAUAUUACUUUCUUACCACUUGCUCUUGUGGACGUACCCAAACCUGCCUGAGAGUAGCGAAGAUUAAUCAGAACUGAGUGGAAUAUUAUUCUGCUUAUUUUUUACCUCUAUUAGCAACUUACCUCUUAAUGAGAUACUCUUGCUGCUGAAUGUUUCCCCUGCAAGUAUGUGUAACUUCUGAAGUUGAAGUGACUUAGAGGCACCUCACGUCUUGACAGGCAGCGGCCUGGCCAUGCCCAGAAGGAAUCAUGCUCCCACCCAGCUUAUUUCGUAGGUUAUUGUCACCUUGUGCCUGAAGUCCUGCUCCCACAUCCCCAGCACACUGCUGCAGAAACAUCACCCGACCUCCCACAGCAACUGCAGCGUCCCUGGGCAAACAGUGUCAGGCAGAGCCUGGUGCUGGUCUUGAGAUUCAGUUCACCUCAGUUCAAGAGGGAAACAACAUGAUGAAAGAGCAUUUUGCAAAUAAUAACAUAUCAUUGCAAUAAUAUCCUAAUUGGAUACUUUUACAAAAUUAAGAUAUUAUGCUAAUACUAUAUAUAAUCACUUUUAAGACAGGAGGACAGUGCCAAGUUUGUUUUCUGUGGCCCUUACUCCUCAGCAGUGUGAAGGGGUGGGGCAAGGGGAUGUAAUGUUUUAGACACACAAGUAUUCCGCUCUGCAUAGAUGAGUUCAGGGUACCUACCUCUGACAAAUGUGUUCUUCAUGGCGGUCCGGUAUUAACUCCUGGAAUGAUGGCAUUUUCCAGAUUGCUAAAUAAGCACAAGUUCCAAUUGAUUAAAAAAAGACAAAUAAACUGGAAACAAAUUGAAAAAA